AAUAUGAAGGCCUAGACACUGUCUGUGAUUGUGCUACAGAGCUUUUUUCUUUGUAAUAAUAGCGACGACCUUUCUCAGAGAUUGAUCAUUGGUUUUGAAGAUUUCAGUUGCUUUUGUCUUCAUUCGAGGCACAUUCAGUAUGGAUGCUCAGAUCACAACCAGGACCAAUCAUAGAGUAUUUGGACAGAGACCAGCAACCAGCAGAAACAGUGUUUGUCGAUUCUGGAAGGCAGGCAAGUGCAAUAGAAAUCCCUGUAGGUUUUUGCACAGGGACUUGCUGCCUGCUAAUAAUAAUGUCUACUUGAGAACACCUAAGCAAUCCAAUACUUCAUUGGAUGAACAGCAAAGGAGGCCUGUUAACAACGUUCCCAAGAGUUCACUGGCUUUGUGCAAUGGACUUGAAAACCAAUGUACCCAGAAAAUCCCUAAUCACGUUAAUCAUACUGAUGUACCUAAGACCUGUUCCAAAAGGAAGACUUAUUUGGUUUCAACUACCGAAGAUGACGGUACAGAAGAUAGAAAAAUUAAGAAGCCAUCAAAAGCUCAGAAGAUCUCUAUUCCUGCCACUGAGGAUGUACCUAUGAAGCACCCUGAAACCAAGACUUCUUUGGAUUCAACUACUGAAGGUAAUGAGGAUAAAAGGAUUUCUUCAGUUACAAUUAUUGAAGGUGAUGCAUCAGAAAAGAACGAUACUUCCUUGGUCUCAGAUACUAAAGGUGAUGCUGCUGAAGAUAAAGAGACUUGUUUGGUUUCUACCACUGAAGGUGCUGCUCUAGAAGAUAAAUCUGAGGUGGGCAUAAGGAGGCCUUGUAUGGACUGGAUGUGUGGCACUUGUGUGAAAGGCGACGAGUGCCAGUUUUUACAUAAGUGGUACUUUGGUGAUUGGUUUUCAAUGCUGGCAAGGCUCGGGGAGCACGACCAGGCGGUCUCUGGCAUUACACUUCCUCCAAGGUGUGACAAGCUCUUCUCAGCCAGCAGUGAUGGUACUGUACAUGUUUGGGAUUGCCAUACUGGCGAGACUACAAGGGUGAUAAGUCUCGGUGAUGAGAUUGGGUCAUUAAUCAGUGAAGGCCCAUGGACUUUUAUUGGUUUGCCAAAUGUCAUUAAGGCAUGGAAUUUACAAUCAGGGACUGACUUGAGUCUUGAUGCACAUGGCCCAUUUGGGCAAGUGUAUGCUAUGGCUGUUACUGAAGAUACUCUUUUUGCUGGGGCACAGGACGGUUCCAUUUUGGUUUGGAGAGGCAGCACCGAGAGUCCAAUGCCUUUUCAAUUGGCUACAUCUUUGAAUGCUCAUACUGGUGCUGUGAUAUGUUUAAUCGUUGGAAAUGGAGAAAAGAGGCUAUAUUCUGGUUCGACAGACGGUACAAUCAGGGCAUGGGAUGUUGAUACUUUACAGUGUGUCCAUACAUUGAAUGAGCAUGCUGAUGCUGUGACAUCUCUUAUUUGCUGGGAUAAUUAUCUUCUAUCUUGUUCAUUGGAUCGGACAAUAAAAGUUUGGGCUUGUACUGCUGAGGGCAACUUGGAAGUGAUCUAUACACAUAAUCUGGAACAUGGUGCUGUUACACUUUGUGGGCUAUCCGACUUAGAAGCCAAACCAGUUUUAUGCUGUUCUUGUAAUGACAAUUCUGUUUGCUUAUUUGACUUGCCAUCAUUCAGUGAAAGGGGCAGGAUUUUCUCAAAGCAAGAAGUGAGGACAAUUCAGACAGGCCCCAAUGGUCUAUUUUUCACUGGCGAUGAAGCAGGACUGGUGACUGUAUGGAGACUAACAGAAUCAUAUGGGAGUUUUCCAUAGGAUCUGCAAGUUUUGGCGACUCUUCUUUUAGUUUGUAUGUUGAGGAAGGGAUACAAAAUGGUUGUCCCUUGCUGCAUUAGUUUACAUCUAGACCCCAUAAUUUUUGCUGGGGUUCUAUGUAAUCUUGUUACGAUUGUUGACUAGAAAACAUUGCUAUUUAAAUCCUUAUGAUCAAUGAGAUUGACUUCAUUCCAGUUUUGCCA